AUGGAGAGGAAGAGAUCAACUUCACCCUCAAUUUUAUCUGGACAGCUAUUUAAAAAAAAGAGAAACGAUAUCUCAACGAAAAAAGAAGUUGGCACUCAAACCAUUAACGGAAAGUUAAUAGAUGCCAUGAUCUAUCGUAAACACAUUGAUAAAACUACAAUGUCGAUUAAAACCGAUAUACUGCACAAAGUGGACUUUCACGAUCAGCGUCCUUUAGAUCAGCGAAAUGAAAAUUUUGCGCGGCUUGUAGCUUUUGAAUUAGAAAGAGUUCCCAUCGAAAAACGAUCAAAUUUGUAUCCUCAAAUUCUAAAUAUAAUUAGGAUUUUUCGAGGCGAUUCAAAUUUGGAUGAAUGUUUAGAGUUUGUACCAAUAAUGAGCGACUCUGACGACAACGAAGAAAGAGUCUUACCAUUAAACGUACGCUAUGAAAAAAAUGAA